AUGGUAGUGACUAUCCCCCUCUCGCUCGUGGGAGGGGUUACAAGAGGUGGGGAUCUUCAUCUCCUUGCAGAUGCUAAUUGCACAGGAGAGAUCUCGGAGGACAAUCGCUUCAUAAGUAUCUCAACUAACCUUACAGACUGCGGAACCGAAACAAAGGAGUAUGACACUCAAAUCGUAUACAGUAACACUGUCGUUGAGAGAACUACAGAUAGCUUAAUAUCUCGGCUAACCGAAGUUUUCAUGCCUUUUUCCUGUGGAUACAAUCGGUCAGAGCAUCUCGGACUAGACCCUUACCAGAUUACCAACUAUAAGCUGAAUUCGUCAAAAAUUUCCACAGGGCGGUAUGAAUUCUCUUUAGAUAUCUUCAAAGAUGGCAAUUUCAGGGACAAGUAUGCUGAUUCUGAGUAUCCUGUGGAUGUGGACCUGAACGAAGAACUGUAUCUAGGAGCAUCGGUUCUUUCGCAAGAAAGGUCUCUCGAUGUCUCUAUCAAGAGCUGUGUAGCCACACCAUCUGCUUCCUUUAACGAUGAGCAAUGGACUAUCAUAAGAGAUGGGUGUGCAGUUGACACGUCAACCCGUAUUGAUGAUGAUGCUAUUGGUUUUGUGGGCGUGACCAUUGAUGCGUUCCGAUUCGUCGAUCUUGGUAAUAGAGUUUACAUCCAUUGUGAUUUGCUGGUAUGUCAGGCAAUCGGUGAAAUUGGAUACUCGGAAUGUAAUCCCGCUUGCGUAGGAACUUCGAGCAACCGCCAUGUCCGUGAUGUUGGAGAACCCAGUCUUCACCAGAGGAGAAUAAUGAGAGGACCAUUGAGAUUAAAACGAAGUGCUCAUAUUCUCUCAUCUCAUGACAUGGAAGAUUAUAAUAAAAUACCAGUUCUCCAUCAAACGUUCAAUGCCUGGAUUGUGAUGAUUGUUACCAUGGCAAUUCUGUGCAUCAUUCUUCUUGGUAUGAUCGCUGGACUCAUAUUGAUGCAAAGGAUAACUACGUAUCAACAAAGUCAAAACAUGUGUCCAGAAGAACCACAUGCAUAA